AAAAAAAAAAAAAAUGAAAAGCCAUUAAUUGAAUAUUCAGUUGAAAGUUCUCCUUCUUUCUUGCUUCCACUGGCCUUCGAUUUGCUGUUCGCGUUUGUCUUCUUCACCAAGAAAUUGAGCUCUAUAUCUUACUUGAUCAACGCCCAUUUUGGUCACGAAUCAAUAGGGUACUAUAUUUAAAUUUUCUGCUUAUAAAUUUUUCACUGUGUCCAAGAAUCCAAGAGGUUGUAUCUGAAAUUGGGUUGUGAUACAAAUUACCAGUAAUGGUAUUGCCCUUGUUGAAGCUAGGGACGCUUGCUGUAAAAACUCUGAGCAAACCUAUUGCUAGUAGACUCAAGGUUCAGGCCGGAAGGCAUCCCAAGUUCCGUGAUUUCAUCGUCGGCAUCGCCCAGGGAAACCAUAGGAUAACAACACAAAUGCAAAGACGCAUAUAUGGUCAUGCAACUGAUGUUGAAAUUCGACCUUUGAAUGAGGAGAAAGCUGUUCAAGCGGCUGUAGACCUUCUGGGGGAAGUUUUUGUCUUCUCGGUUGCUGUAGCUGCUCUGAUAUUUGAGGUGCAAAGAAGUGCUCGGUCAGAAGCUAAGAAGGAGGAGCUUCGUAGGCAGGAAAUGGAGGAACUGAGGCAACGAGACGAUGAGUUGGCAAGAGAGGUAGAGCUUCUAAAGAGUAAGUUGCAGGAGCUUGACCAGCUAGCCCAGAAACGUGGACUUUCUGGUGUUUUUGGCUUUAGACAUGCUCAUGGAGAGGAAAGCAAGUCGGCGGCAACAAAUUGAUUUCUUCAUGUUAAUCUGAUAUUGAAUAAUGCAUUUAUUUCUGAUUCAUAAGGAUAAUUGGGCCUGCUCAAUUUAGAUUUUUGACCUUCAUUGGCUCCCGAGCAUACAGUUUUGCUGAUUACUUGUUUCAUUUGUAAAUACACUCGCUGAAACAGAGGACUGAUCUGUAUUGAGUAUUAACAAGAAGGGAAAGGAAUUCAUCAUUGCAGCUGAUAAGGAUCUGCAGCAGUGAUGAAGAGAUAUUGUCAGGCAGUCAGGAAAGGAGAAGAGAGACCCUAAUUAUAAAAUUUCUGAACUUGGCUCCAAA